CAGAAAAUCAAGAUGGCCUGCAUCAGGUAGUACAUGAACGCCUGGGGGAGUUGCUACGUGUUUUAAAAGCAGUGAUAAAUAAACAUCAGACUCUAAACUCAGUUGAUAUUCUUAGUGCUGCAGGAACAGUUAUUGCAAAAGUAAAAGCGGUGAACUUCAAAGAAGUUAACGAAGAAAACAAGAGAGAACUCUUCAGUGAAAUAUUUUCUUCCAUUGAAACAUUGGCAUUCACCUUUGGAAACGUUGUUUCAGACUUCCUUAUGGGAGAUGUAGACAAUGGCUCAUCACUGGGACUUCCUGUAUCUCGGAGAAGUCGGUCUUUCGAGAAUCUUUCUGUGGAGUCUGGGGGUUCACUGCAUGAAAGGGAUGAUAUUCAAGGACAUCUUCGGGCAGAGGAGGUUGAUAGCAUGCUCCUAAGAAAUGAUAGUGGAAUUGAAUCAGCUCUAUCCUAUGCUAAAGCAUGGUCAAAAUAUACCAAGGAUGUAGUCGGAUGGGUAGAAAAAAAGCUUAGCUUGGAAGUGGAGUGUGCUAAAAACUUAGCAAAAAUGGCUGAAAAUGCUAAAGCUGCUGUUGGACACCAGGAUUAUAUGCCAUUCCAAUCAAUAUUCAUUAGUGCCUUUCAAAAUGAUAUUGAGAACAAUCAACUUUGGCAACAAACAGCUGCUGCUCUCCAGUCUAACAAAUUUGUGCAGCCUCUUCUCGGAAGGAAAAGUGAGUUGGAUAGACAAAGGAAAGAUAUCAAGGAGCUUUGGCAGCGAGAACAGAAAAAAAUGCAAGAGCUGGAAGCCGCUCUAAAAAAAGCGAAGUUGCUAUAUAUGCAGCGUCAAGAUGAGUAUGAAAAGGCAAAAUCCUGCACUGCUCGUGCUGAGGAGGAACACCUUAGCUCAAGUGGAAGCUUUGUGAAAGAUUUCAGCAAACAACUGGAAAAGAAGCGAAGGCUAGAAGAGGAAGCUCUUCAGAAAGCUGAAGAGGCCAAUGAACACUAUAAAGCAAGCAUGGCAGAGGUUGAAGAAAAAAGAAAUGGUUUGGAAAGCUUUAAAAGCGAUGUUCUAACACAGCUUCGGGAGCUUAUUUACCAGUGUGAUCUUACUCUUAAAGCUGUCACAGUUAACCUGUUUCAGCUGCAGCAUGCUCAGGUUGUAUCUCUUCCAGUUAACUGCCAAUCUCUCUGUGAGAGUGCCAAACUCUAUGACCCUGGUCAGCAGUAUUCAGAGUUUGUGAAAAGUUUGCCGAAGGAAAGUGUUCCUAUUGAAUCGGCUUCUUUUGAAACACAGAAUUCCCAGGUUGAUGGGGUUUUUAAUAAGCAGUCAACCAACAGUGUCCAUAUGUCACAUGGUAACUUAUCUCAGUGUUCAGGAGAUUUUCCUGCUCAGAUGUUAGAUGAUGUGGGAAGCCCAAUAUAUCAUCGCUCACAAAAGAUUGGAGAGAAAAGAUCUUCCAGCAGCACAGAUAUCCAAGCAAUGCGAAGGCCACUGUCAUUCAGAUCGUGGUCAGUUGGUAACCAGAGCGGAGGAAUGUGCAGUGAUUCUGAAAGUGCAGGGGGAAGCAGCGAGUCACGAUCCAUGGAUUCUCCAUCUGCUAGCCCAGGAGAUUUUAAAAGACGACUUCCCCGAACACCUUCCACUGGUACUAUGUCAUCUGCAGAUGAUCUUGAUGAAAGAGAGCCACCAUCUCCUUCAGACUGUGGUUUAAAUGAUCUGACAUCUGAAACUGCAAAUUCUCCAGGACCUUUUAGAAAUGCUAAUAUGUCCAAAGCAGCACAAACACACAAACUACGGAAGCUGAGAGCUCCAUCUAAAUGCAGAGAAUGUGACAGCUUAGUAGUAUUUCAUGGAGCUGAAUGUGAGGAGUGUUCACUUGCAUGCCAUAAAAAGUGUUUAGAGACUUUAGCUAUUCAAUGUGGGCACAAAAAACUUCAUGGAAGGCUUCACUUGUUUGGAGUGGAAUUUGCCCAAGCUGCUAAAAAUAUUCCGGAUGGCAUUCCUUUCAUCAUCAAAAAGUGUACGUCAGAGAUCGAAAGCAGAGCUCUGAAUGUCAAGGGCAUCUAUCGUGUGAACGGAGCCAAAUCAAGAGUUGAAAAGCUUUGUCAAGCUUUUGAAAAUGGAAAGGAUUUGGUUGAGCUUUCAGACCUGUAUGCGCACGACAUCAGCAAUGUUCUCAAGCUGUAUCUCCGGCAGCUUCCAGAACCCUUGAUUUUGUUUCGGCUUUACAAUGAGUUCAUAGGACUCGCGAAAGAGAGCCAGAAUGUUAAUGAGGAAUUGGAUGCUAAACAAGCUAGCCCCAAAUCAAAGAAAAGACAGUCAAUUUGUAUUGAACUGAAUAGGAUCAUCAUUAAAAUGAAAGAUCUUCUUAAACAGCUGCCUGUACCGAACUAUAACACUCUUCAGUACCUUAUUGGACACCUUCACAGGGUUACAGAGCAGUCUGAUGAAAAUAAAAUGUCAGCCAGCAACCUUGGUAUAAUAUUCGGCCCAACGCUGAUCAGGCCACGUCAAACAGAUGCUACAGUUUCUUUGUCGUCACUUGUGGAUUACCCUUAUCAGGCCCGGGUGGUGGAGCUGCUCAUAACAUACUACGAAAAGAUAUUUGAUGUUUCAUUGAAACCACUUCUGAGCACAUAUCAGUCUGAAGAAACUGCCAUUAUGGUCAGAGUUGCUUUAUCAGCAGAAGAGAGGGAACCACAGCAGCAGAGGAAGUCAUUUGUUGCUGUAAAGGAAGGUGUUCUGGUAUCUGCAAGUGAAAGCAGAGUUUCAGAAACAGCUGCAUUGGGUUUGGAAUCGAACAACAAGAAUACAGAAGAACAAAGAGAUACGUCUGUAACUGAAUGUGUAUCAUUGCCACUCACUGGAACUAAACCAGAAGGCUCUGGGAAGACUAAUCCUCGGGCAGAAUCAUCAGCUACCAGCAUUUUGGAUAUUAAUAUUUCUGCUCCAAAAAAGCCAGGUGAUGCUGUGAGUCCAGCUUCAGAGAGACACAAUGACUCACUUCUUUCUCUAGGUGAAAACAGCUUAAUUCCUGCAAAACCUAACCGUCAGAUUACCAAAGUUCCAUUGCGGGGUCCAAGGACGAAACCAGCUACUCGCCCUGUGAGCUUGCCGGUAGACCGAAUACUUCCUCCAUGUAUUUUGAAUGAAAGAAAUUCACAAAAUGCAGGAGCAGUAAGUCCUGAGAAGAUUGGCAGGACCGCUACUAUCGAAGAAGUUUCAGAGAUGAAGGCGCUUCCUGCUGUUAACACUUGCUGCAGACUUCCUUGUUACGACACCCAGAUGCUGCGAAAAACUUGGGACAAGCAAUAUAAACAGUAUGAUAUCACAGCAAGGACAGCAAUGAUUGUGACUAAUGUGCCCCAGGAGAACCGAACACUUGAGAGUGGAACUGCAGGUGCCUUAUCUUCAUGCAGUGUUGGUAACAAUUCAGCUAAUGCCAUCCUUCCUAGUAAGCCAUAUUCUGUUUCUGUCAGGUCAGGAAGGACAGCAACAGAAGGGAAUGGUCCUGAUGCUAAUCCUCUUGCUGCCUUCAGGGCACCAAGAACAUUGCAGCCACCACCAGGGACAUUUUAUAAACCACCCUCUAACAAAUCAAAACAAAAUGAAGAGGGUUCUUCUGCUAAAGCUUGUGCACCAACCAGUGCUAGCUCUGUGCUUCACCAGGAUAAUACUGUGAAACUGGCUAGGAGCUCUGCACUUCCAUCAGGUGAUCCUGAACAAAACACAAAUGAACAAAGAAGCAGUUCAGAGGAUAUUCACCACACAGAUCUGAAGCCUACUUAUCAGAGACUGAGACCAAAAAGGAUCCAAGAACUGGAGCACAGGGAAGCUCAUUUUGUAUAGGGUGCAAAUUCCUCUAGGACUGUAUGCAAUGUGUUGAUUUUCACAGUGGAGG